AUGAGUGGAGCCCGGGCCUGGCCCGGCCCUCCAGGCCCUCCUUGCCCGCCCGGCCCCGCUAGAAUGCUGUUGCUGCUGGCGCUGGCCUGUGCCAACCCCUUCCCGGAGCCCCGGGGGGGGCCCUUCGGGGGUCUGGGGCCGGGGGGACCCCGGGCUCUCAAUGUGGCCGUGGUGUUCAGCGGGGCCUCCUACACCCCCGAGGCCGCCCGCCUGGCCCCCGCCACGUCGGCCGUGGGCGGCCCUGGGCUGGACGUCCGCCCCGUGGCCCUGGUCCUCAACGACACCAACCCCCGCAGCCUGGUGCUGCAGCUGUGCGACCUGCUGUCCGGCCUGCGUGUCCACGGCGUGGUCUUCGAGGACGACUCCCGCGCCCCCGCGGUGGCCCAGAUCCUUGACUUCGUCUCCGCCCAGACCGCCGUCCCCAUUGUCGGCGUCAACGGCGGGGCCGCCAUCGUCCUCACCCCUAAGGAGAAGGGCUCCACCUUCCUCCAGCUGGGCUCAUCCACGGAGCAACAGCUGCAGGUCAUCUUCGAGGUGCUGGAGGAGUACGACUGGACGGCCUUCGGGGCGGUGACCACGCGGGCCCCCGGCCACCAGGACUUCCUGGAUUACAUCGAGGCUCUGACGGACGGCUCCUUCAUCGGCUGGGAGCACCGCGGGGCCCUGACCCUGGACCCGGGAGCGGACGAGGCGGUGCUGGGGGCCCGCCUGAGGGGCCUCAGCGCCCAGAUCCGCCUGCUCUACUGCGCCCGCGAGGAGGCGGAGCCCUUGUUCCGGGCCGCCGCCGCCGCCGGUCUGACGGGCCCCGGCUACGUGUGGUUCGUCGUGGGCACCCACCUGGCCGGCGGGGAGUUAGUGGGGACCCUGCCGGCCGGGCUCUUUGCCGUGCGUUCGGCCGGCUGGCGGGAUGACCUGGCGCAGAGGGUGGCCACGGGAGUGGCAGUUGUGGCCCGGGGGGCCCAGGCCCUGUUGCGGGACUACGGCUUCCUGCCUGACUUUGGCCACGACUGCCGGGCCUCCAAUCGAAGCCGGCGGGGGGAGAACCUGCACCGGUACUUCAUGAACAUCACCUGGGACAGUCGGGAUUACUCCUUUAAUGAGGACGGCUUCUUGGUGAAUCCGUCUCUGGUGGUCAUCUCUCUCACCAAAGAGCGCACCUGGGAGGUGGUGGGCAGCUGGGAGCGGCAGUCUCUGCGAAUGAAGUACCCUGUGUGGUCGCGCUACGGCCGCUUCCUGCAGCCGGUGGACGACGCUCAGCACCUGACGGUGGCCACGCUGGAGGAGAGGCCUUUCGUCAUCGUGGAGCCGGCUGACCCGCUCAGCGGUACCUGCAUCCGCGACUCUGUGCCUUGCCGCAGCCAGCUCAAUCGCACGCACAGCCCCCCAUCGGACGCCUCCCGCCCCGAGAAGCGCUGCUGCAAGGGUUUCUGCAUCGACAUUCUCAAGCGCCUGGCCCAAACCAUCGGCUUCACAUACGACCUGUACCUGGUCACCAACGGUAAACACGGCAAGAAGAUCGACGGGGUCUGGAACGGCAUGAUCGGAGAGGUGUUCUACCAGCGGGCCGACAUGGCCAUCGGCUCGCUGACCAUCAACGAGGAGCGGUCCGAGAUCGUGGACUUCUCCGUGCCCUUUGUGGAGACGGGCAUCAGCGUCAUGGUGGCCCGGAGCAAUGGAACAGUCUCACCAUCUGCCUUCCUGGAGCCGUACAGCCCGGCCGUAUGGGUCAUGAUGUUCGUCAUGUGCCUCACUGUCGUCGCCGUCACCGUCUUCAUCUUCGAAUAUCUCAGCCCCGUGGGCUACAACCGCAGCCUGGCCACUGGCAAGAGACCGGGCGGCUCCACCUUCACCAUCGGGAAGUCCAUCUGGCUGCUCUGGGCUCUCGUCUUCAACAACUCGGUGCCCGUGGAGAACCCGCGGGGCACCACCAGCAAGAUCAUGGUCCUGGUUUGGGCCUUCUUCGCCGUCAUCUUCCUCGCCAGCUACACUGCCAACCUGGCGGCCUUCAUGAUCCAGGAGGAGUACGUGGACACCGUCUCCGGCCUCAGCGACCGCAAGUUCCAGCGGCCCCAGGAGCAAUACCCCCCACUCAAGUUUGGGACGGUGCCCAACGGCUCCACGGAGAAGAACAUCCGCAGCAACUACCCCGACAUGCACAGCUACAUGGUCCGCUACAACCAGCCCCGGGUGGAGGAGGCCCUGAUGCAGCUCAAGGCCGGGAAGCUGGACGCCUUCAUCUACGACGCAGCCGUGCUCAACUACAUGGCGCGCAAGGAUGAGGGCUGCAAACUGGUGACCAUCGGCUCCGGCAAAGUCUUCGCCACCACGGGCUACGGCAUCGCGCUGCACAAGGGUUCGCGCUGGAAACGGCCCAUCGACCUGGCCCUGUUGCAGUUCCUGGGUGACGAUGAAAUUGAGAUGCUCGAGCGGCUGUGGCUGUCCGGGAUCUGCCACAACGACAAGAUCGAAGUGAUGAGCAGCAAACUGGACAUCGACAACAUGGCGGGCGUCUUCUACAUGCUGCUGGUGGCCAUGGGGCUGUCGCUCCUCGUCUUCGCUUGGGAACACCUGGUCUACUGGCGUCUGCGCCACUGCCUGGGGCCCGCCGGGCGCAUGGACUUCCUGCUCGCCUUUUCCCGGGGCAUGUACAGCUGUUGCAGUCCCGAGACCCCCCUACCUCCAGCCAAGCCCCCGCCCCCGCCCCAGCCCCUGCCCCUGCCCCUGCCCAGCCCCGCGUACCCACCCCCCCGGCCCGCGGCCCCGGCCCCGGGCCCCUUCCUGCCCCGGGAGCGGGCAGCGGCCGACCGCUGGCGCCGCCUCAAGGCUCCCUCCGGGCCCCCCGAGCCCCCGGCCCCCCGCCCGCCCCUGCCCGGGGCUCUGGCCGAUGGUUAUCACCGCUACUACGGCCCCAUCGAGCCCCAGGGCCUGGGGGACCCACCGGCCCGGAGCUCCCGGGCCCCCCGCCCGGCCUCGCCGCCCCCCGCCCCCCGUGGCCCCGAGAAGCCACCCCCGUCCUACUUUGCCAUCGUGCGGGAGAAGGAGGGCCCGGAGCGGGGUGGUGGGGCGGGGCGCUACCAGGUCCCAGACGGCUACCCCAGCCCCCCGCGGCCCCCUUCGGCCCUCUGCCACCUGGCCUACGAGGACGAGGGGGGCCCGGCCCCGGCCCGCUGGGCCCCGGAGAGCCGGCCCCCGCCCCCCCGCCGCCCAGCCCCGCCGCCCUGCCCCUACCUCGACCUGUCCGACUCGGACGAGUCGGAGAGCUGCGGGGGGGGUGGGGGGGGCUCCCUGGACCCCUGGUGGUACCCUGACUUUGCUUACCCCUACCCAGACCGCUUAGGCCCCCCGCCGGGGCGCUACUGGUCAGUGGACAAGCUGGGGGGCUGGCGCGGGGGCAGCUGGGAUUAUCUGCCACCGCCCAGCACCCACCCUAGCUGGCACUGCCGCCACUGCGCCAGCCUCGAGCUGCUGCCCCCUCACCGGCACCUCAGCUACUCAGAAGAGGGCCUAGAGGGCUGGGGCGCCUGGGUGCCCCCACACUGGCACCGCCGGGCCCAUUGCGGCUGCCCCCGGGCUCCCCGCCACGCCCCGCCGCCCCCGCUGCCUCCCCGCCGGGCGCCCCGGCCCCGCCGGGCCCCCCACCGCCGGGCCUGGGAGCCCCCCGCUCCCACCUCACGCUCGCUGGAGGACCUCAGCACCUGCCCCCGGGUCCCCCGGCCUCUGGCCCCCUCCCGCCGCUGCCCCCACGCCCGCUGGGCCGGCCCCCUGCCCCCCGCCGCCCCCCGCCGCCAGAGCCGGGGGGCCGAGCUGGGGGCCCGUCGGGGCUCCGCUCACUUCUCCAGCCUCGAGUCGGAGGUAUGA